AUGCCCAACCCUCCAUAUUUCCACCCGAGCCGUCUCCCCAGCCAUCUAGUCGCCUCGCCCCAGAUGCAGAUCCCAAAGAUCCGGAGGCCCAACCUCGCACCACCACCCCCGCCAACCCUCCCAGUCCUCCAACUGCCCUCCGAUCCCGAAAUAGCAGUCCCGAUCGUGGUGCAGGGACGACCGGAGAGGCAAGGCGCGUUCCUAACGUGGAUAGCGGACGAACGCCCGACUGAGCGCAUUCGGAGCGGCCAACUCAUCCGACUCACCACCGGACAUCUCCGGUCUGGUCUAGGCCGUCUGGCGAACAUCGUCUUCACCCAACGUCACUGGGUCACGUGGCGAAUCGAAGGAGCGCCCGGGAACUGCGGCCUCCGCGUCCCGGUCUCAUGGGCUUUCCUCGACUCAACCGAAAGCCUAGACCACGACCGACUGUACCGCUACCUCCCAGAUGUCCCCGCCCCCCACCGGUCCCUAGCAGACGACCCACUCCUUCUGUCGGGCCCAGAGAACCCCUAUGAAUUCGACAGUGACUCCUCUACGACGUAUGGCUAUACUCUAGGCACACACACACGGCGCCCAAUUGACAGCCGCGUGAACACGAACCUGCCCAUCUCGAAUGAUUACGGCCCUCUGACCUCCCUAACACCACCCGGCGCGAGACACUUUUCAUCGCACUCGUACUCCAGUACCUCCACUCUCAACUCUCCUACGAUGCAGCAGUCCCAGUCCUCUCCCGCCGCGAACACCGGCAACGACCAGACCCUCUCCGCCGACCGCCCUUCCGCCUCGAUCGAACGCCUCCGAGCGGCCUCGCUCGUGAAGUCUUCCUCUGCGAUACGCGUCAACGCCGAACCCAACACCCCGUCUUCGGGCAACCCGUGGGGGUCUCCCCGCGCGGUAUCCCCGGUCAACCGCACGGGUCUCAGCUAUGCCGCCAUGUCGGUGCGACCCGCCUCACCUUCGCUUGCCAGCACGGCCCCGCCCGUAACCGCUGACGCCGGCCCCGCCUCAACCGAGCAACAGGCCGUCGCGAACGCCGCCACGCCAGCUACACCUGCGACGGAGUCCACCGUGACCGAAGUAAAGGUCAAAACGGAAGAAGUCGAGCCCACCCUCGACACUGGACGUACUCGAUCUGGCCGGCUGCCCUCGGCGCCGAAGAAAAAGGCCUCCAAGCCGAGAGGCAAGAAGGCCAACAAGCGUGAGCGCAAGCAGCCGGCCGAGACGGAAGACGAACUCCACGUCCCCAGCUCGUCGGACGUGUCUUCACCGUCCCCGCCAUCCGCGGCUCCACGCCAGCCCAGCGACGUGCGCAAACGCCGCCGUGUUUCCACCGACACGGGCGACAACUUCGACGAGAACACCGGCACCGUUGACCGCGUCCAAGUCUCGCCACCCCCUAUCUCUCAUAACACACUCCAGGCUGUCAACGAGGCGAUACUCGUCUCCUCGACCUCGCCGGUCAGCGGCGGCGAAGAACGCGACGACCCCCCUGCCGUCACCACCUCGGACAUCGAGCCGGAGGACGUCGUUAUGCGCAGCCCGGACGGGAGCGGUCACGCCUCCAAUCACCCGCGUACGUCUACCGCUUCCACUCUAACGGACCCCGAACUGACGAGGCCUUACACACCUCUCCCCUCGCCCGGUCAACGACCUGCAGAGGGACAGCCGGCGCCACGACGCUCUCGCCCGCCAUACGGCAGCACCGCCAUGAUUCGGCAGUACAUAGAGGACCAGAACCCUCCGUUACGUACCAUACAGUCCCCGGUGCAUCGUGUGUACACGGAGAACGACAUCGAGGACCUCUACACGCCUGCUGGCUCCCCCGACGCGAGACAGACACGCGACUUACCUCCGCACCUCACGCCAGUCGCUGGCCCGUCACAUCCUAUGAAUCCCGCCGCCCAGGUCGACGUCCCCUUCCUCGCGCAAGGCGACGCGACGCCCCCGGCGCUCUACGCAGCCGAACUAGCAAGCGCAUCGCAGGCGCGAGCGUCCGCUGCCGACAAAGGAAAAGGGGUGCUCCGCCGGAUGUUCGACAACCCGCUCGACUUCCCCUACGGCGACGCUCUCGACAGACCGCCUCCUCCUGCACGAUCUCCGUCUAUCCUCCACCCCCACCCUGUCCACUAUGCACCGGGUCCCUUUAACGUCCCGCCCGCCGCUCCGAUCGCCCUACCCACCAGUGCUCCCAUACCUCCCUCUACGCUGCCCGCCGGCCCAAUCGCUCCGCUUGCUCCGGCCCCCGGCGCGCCUCCACCGCGCACGAUGACACGGACUCCACCCGGCGGCUGGAUCCCAAUCCAGGGCGACGACCUCGACUGGGCCUACCAGAACAUUCUCCAAUCGCAGAUCGAGGAAUGGGAUAGAGAAGAAGGUGAAUCUCUGUUCAUUCACUUCCCCGGACAAGGCAGCGAGGACAAGGGCCACCACGGUCGUCUUACCACGGCAGAAACAAUCUUUACGGUUCACCUUCGAGCCCCGAACGCACGUAUUACGCAGCCCAUCCCGGCGAUAAAACCAACUACGCCGAACUCUAAACCCACGUUCUAUCGCGUCAGUGAUCUUACCCCUCAGCAACGUGCAGAGUUCAUCCGCCGCCCUUUCGUCUCUACCGUCGACGGCACCAUCGGCGUCUUCAGCACCUCACGCGAACCACCCACCUUCAUAGGCGGAUGGUGGCAGCCCGAACGUCUAGGCAAGACCGACGAGGAGAUCGUCCUCGGGUUCCUAAAAGGCCUCACCUCCAAAGAGAUCUACGACCUAGUCCGCUCACUCAUCGCAGUCGACAUCGGGACCGGCGGUCGGUGGCGUCAUCUCACGGUCGAAGAGGCUCACCGCCUUGUUCUAAAGUCGGUCCGCGUCCGACAAAUCAGAGUCCGUGAGGGGCGCGACGACUCUGACGAAGCACCUGUGGUCCUCCUCUAUAUAGAAUCGCCGACGUCUGACGCGAACGGCUGGCACGCCUUCCGUACUCGUGUUCGCGAAUUCGCCUUUGGUGCACAGAUCACCCCCCUAGCGCGUGCACCCUUCCUGCGAUACCAGGCUGGCACGGCCCGACUAUGGAGCAGCGCGCAAUCGGCGCCGGGCGAGGAGGUCGUGGCGGUCGUGGUGGCCGCGCACGAGGAGGUGGUGGCCGUGGUCGCCGUAACGUCGGAUGCGCGUAUACCAACGGUGAACAUACAUGAUAAACAACCCCCCACGGACGUAUCUCUGGCUCCCGGUACACCUCUCCUCCACCCGAGAGAGACCACCGUGUCCCCCGCCCCCGCUGAUCUCGAUGAUCGGAUGGAGGAACUCGGCGACGGGGCUGCCUCGGCUGCUCUACCUAACUUGCCCUCCCGACUUGACAUCCACCGAGGCCGACCACCACGGGCAUUACUGCGUCCCACGGCUGGUCAACCCAACAUACCCUCCGGACGACGCACAAAGGCGAGCCUCAAAGUUUGCUCCCUCAACCUCAACGGGAAAGGUGGUUCGGCAGGCUCCCCGAACCAAAAAUGGAACGAACUAAAUCAGCUUCUUCGCGAAGACAAGAUAGGCCUUCUGUGCCUACAGGAAACCCAUCUGAACGACGAGGAAGUCAACAUGCUCAAUAACCUGUACGGCCGACGCAUGGCUAUAUGGAACUCGCCCUCGGAAGCAGCAUCUUCCCGGCAAGGAGUCGCGAUGGUGCUUAACAGAGAGCUCGUCGAUACAGCUAAUGUACAAUUCUAUGAAAUUGUCCCCGGACGAGCUGUACUGCUCCGCUUCCACUGGCACGCGGACAGAUAUCUCACUGUCCUCAAUGUCUAUGCCCCUAACGCCCCCCACGACAACGCUGCCUUCUGGCGGCUCCUCCUCCAACUGGCCGAGACUGGCCAACUCUGCCCCCAGACGUCGUGGUAG